UUGACAGAAGUUUACGUGAAAAAUAUGAAGAUGCUUUGUUUUUUCUCUGUAUUUCUGUUUAUUUUGGUUUGUUUAAUGUUUAUUUUGGUUUCUAUGAAGAUGCUUUGGAUUGUUAUUUUUCUGUGCUCUGUGUUAAGAUUGUUUUUUUUCCGAUCAUUGUUUUCGUUUUGGUUUUAAUUAGUUUGACUGAUUUUAUGGUGUUUUAGAAAGUGCAAUGGCGAAGAAGUUGGAUAUGAUUAAAGAUAUUGAUGGUAAGAGGGAAACUCUGAAGUUGGGAGUUAGAGUUGUUGAUCAUUGGUAUGUUCAGUCCCGUGAUUCUACUCUUCAAUUGGAGAUGAUUCUGAUGGAUGAAAAUGCGGACAAAAUACAUUGCAUUGUUCGCAGGGAAGAGUUUGAUUUAUGGGAUAGCAAGUUGAUUGAGGGAGAAACAUAUAUAAUGCACAAUUUCAAGAUAUUGAAAAAUGAAGGGCAGUAUAGGGUAUGUGAGCAUCCUUACAAGUUACUGUUUAUUGGUGCUACAUCCGUCAAGUUGCAAGCUAUUGCUAAACUUCCAAUGAAAGCUUACAACUUUAAAAGUAUAAAAGAUAUUGUUAGUGGCAAUUUUAUUCCUGACUUGCUUAUAGACUUGAUUGGUGUCGUUGAGAAUGUGAGAAUUAAGCCUCAGUUUAAAAGUGUAGAGUCGAAAAACGUGGUGUUUACUUUGGUGGAUCUCAGUGGUGCUGCUAUUUGUUGUACAUUGUGGGAUGAAUAUUGCAAGAAAUUUAUACAGAGGUACAAUGACGUAGCUAAUUGGGAAAAGCUUGUGGUUGUCAUUACUCAAGCAAAAAUCAAACCAGCUGCAGGUGAAUGGCCAGUUUCUGUUUCUAAUACGUGGAAUGGUACAAAGUUGAUAAUGGAAAGUGAUUUUCCUCAAAUAGUUGAUUUUAAGAAACGAAUGAAGGAGUAUAGGCUCCAGGUCCAGGUCUGUGAUGAUUCAAACAAUUAUGCUAACUUUGUUGUAUGGGACCAAGAAUGUAGCAACAUUAUUGGGUUGUCUGCUGCUGAUUUGCAGAAACAAAUGAUUGAGGCUGGUGAAGAUGAUCCCCUUUGCUUUCCUGAUGCAUUGGAUGUAAUGCUAGGCUGUACCUUUGCUUUUAAAGUUCGAACGCAACCAAGAACUAAGUGUGCAUCUGUCAUUAAAGUUUCAAAUGUUUCAGAAAUAGUGGCACAUGUUAAAAGUCUUAUUCCUCCACUUCAAAUUGGUUAUGGUACUGAUAAAUGCAGUAUGGAUUUAGUUUCUGAGAGUUCCUGGUAA